GAUGCACAUGCCUGAAAGGACUCCCGCUCAUCACAAUGAAACUUCUGGGCACCCUCGUGGUCUUAGCCACCUUUGUGACUUUAUGCAACUCCCAGUGCUAUUUCAUACCUAAUCAGAGCUUAAAACCUAAUGAAUGCCAGGAUCUUAAAGGAGUCUCACACCCGCUGAACUCUGUGUGGAAGACUAAAGACUGUGAGGAGUGUACUUGUGGCCAAGAUGCGAUCAGCUGUUGCAACACUGCUGCCAUACCUACGGGUUAUGACACAAAUAAGUGUCAGAAAAUCUUGAACAAGAAGACCUGCACCUAUACAGUGGUGGAAAAGAAGGACCCAGGAAAGACCUGUGAUGUCACUGGAUGGGUAUUAUAAUGUGUUUCUAGUGGGCCCAGAGCUCUCAGCCUGAGAGGGCCCAAGUUCUCCCAUGCCAGGCCUCAUUCUCCUAUGGCCUCUAACUGUCUAUGAUUGUACAACCCUACCUAUUAGUAAAAAAUUCUUGAGCAAACACUUGAA